CCACGCGCACCGCCGCCCACGCGAGGAUUUGCGUCAAACCGGCGCGUGGGAGUGAGAGAGCAAUGCAGCUUUACAUCGGAAUAUCCCCGCACAAGAAAGAGAGAGAAAGAGAGGUAGACAGAUCGAGAGAGAGAGAGACAGAAGCGAUGAGCCUUCAACGCACUUUCUCUCCUGCGCGAGAGGCGGAGCGCAGCCUCGAGACACCGGCGAGCACCGGGAGCAGUCGCGCGCUCCAGCUGCGGAAAAGAGCCAUGUCAGUGCUCCUGCCACGCUCCUUGGGAGAGCUUCAACUCUAUCGUAUCCUGCAGAAGGCAAACUUGCUCUGCUACUAUGAAGCGUUCAUCCAGCAGGGCGGCGACGAUGUGCAGCAACUCUGCGAGGCUGGCGAGGAAGAGUUCCUCGAAAUCAUGGCCCUUGUUGGAAUGGCAACCAAACCCCUUCAUGUUCGACGACUCCAGAAGGCGCUACGGGAUUGGGUAACCAACCCUUCCCUCUUCAAUCAACCAUUGACGUCUCUUCCCGUCUGUAGUAUCCCAGUGUACAAACUCCCCGAAAGUUCCCCUGGCGUCCACAGCAAUGGACAACAAAACCAGCUCGUCGUUCCUAGGGCUUUAUUACCCACAAGCCCCAGUCCCGGAAGGCUGGAUCUCAGCAGGGACGGGACUCCAGGUUGCUCACCGUUACAAGGUGCAAGUGAGAGUCGUUUCUGGGGAAGCGAGAGCGAGCAUAGUUUAUCUCCAUCAGGAGCUUGUUCCCCGUGUUCACCUCAUGAUGCCCUCGAUACUCUCGAUUCGGCUGGUGUCCAAUGUGUGAUUGAGUGCGUAGAGCGACUCGCCCAAACAUUGUCCAAGAGUAACCCUACGGAGGUCAAAGAACACAUUCGUGCUAACAAGAAGCUCAGUAAGAUGAUCGGCCACAUCUGCGAGAUGAGCGACGACGAUCCACAGAAGGAAGUGGAGAUUCGGAAAUACAGCGCCAUCUAUGGGCGGUUUGAUUCUAAGAGGCGGGACGGACGGCAGCUUACAAUGCAUGAGCUAACAGUGAAUGAAGCAUCUGCUCAGCUGUGUAUGAAAGAUCUAUCACUGCUGACCCGAAGAGAUGAACUUUUCUCACUGGCCAGGCAGAUUUCUCGUGAGGUGACCUACAAGUACAGUCGCAGGAGCAGCAGGUCCCACUGCGUUGAUGAAGACGAACCCUCUCCCAAACGGAUUAAAUCUGAAGAUGGUGUCUACGAUCUUCAGGAGGCCCUUCAGGUUCUGCAUUCGCGCCAGGAGACGGUCAAAGAGCAGCUCGCAGUCGCCAAAUCUAAAGGAGAGGAGACCAUCAGACACAGUCUACAGGUACAGCUGGACUCUCUGUUGGCCAAACAGGUGGAGCUCCUGCGGGAUGCAGCCGUCCAGGAGAGAUUGAAAUCUCUGGACUGGCGGAUUCCAACAGCGGCUCUGAAAUACCUCACACCCACCGCUCAGCACUGCAACAGCGGACUCUCCCAUCUCUCUGGCGAAAGACCUCUAAACUUGCGCCUAUCCGAUGUUCCCCUCGGUCGUCAGUUGGCCAAUGAGCUCAAACGACAUCAUAAACACAACACAGAGGAGCGACAUCAGAACCAACACAGCUCUGAAGAGAGAGUGACGGCGACCAAAGAAAACGGGUCUCAAAAGGAGCUUUUGGACAAGAAGAAGAUCAAAUCAGAGCCAGAGGAUUCCAGAUAACAUCCUCAACAUCUUUCCCAAAGCGCCGUUUGAUUGCUCAGUGAAUCUAGUACCGAAACUGUGUGGCCUUACGAACUGUAAAUGCCUAGAGAUUAAUUUAUUUUGUUUGUAUUUUAAUUUGUACGAAUUAUUUUUAGUUUUAAUUUUAGAACAUAAAACAUGAAUGUCCUGCAGUCGGUGUGGACAGAGAGCUGUCUUAGAGUGUAUUUGUGACUGUACAUAAUCUGUGUUUGCAUGUCUUAUUUUUAUUGAAACUAUUCGUUAUUCAGCACUGAAGUUUCGUAGAAAACGCUUGUGUGUAGUCCUUAGAUUAGUAGGUGAUUUUAAGGUUAAAUGAUGACAUUCAUCUGUUCGUAUUGGUUUGUCAGUGAGGAUGAACGUAACGUGUACUUUGUAAAAGAAAACUGAAUAUGUAGAAUUAGCUUUGCGUGUUUUUUGAUCGCAUCACUUUCGAUGUUAGCACUAGAAAACAAAGUGUGUAAUGUAUUUGUUUCCAGCCUUAUUCUCAGCAUAAAACACUGUGUAUAUUGCUGUCGUUAAAUGUUACAAUGUGACAGAUUGUUUGCAAAAAAUGUUCGCAAACGUUUUUUAUUUCGGUCUUUGUUAGUUAGCCAUGCUAGUCUGUUGUGUACUAGUCUUUUUCUAUGCACAUUUGUCAAGUGUUUGUAUCUUGUCUUUGUAAAAUUGUUGUACGAAUAAAACUA